GAUGAAUAUAGUGAAGUACAAAUUCCUAUAUAUGACUUCUUAGAAAUGGCACAAAAGAAGCCACAUUCUCUUGCUAAAAUUAUGAGCAAAAUGUUGGUAUUCAUGAGGCUAAUCGUGUCACUACUAGGCUUAAAGGCAAUAAUUACUAUUAAGAUGAAGCACAUAUAUGGUGGUCUGCUCUUGAAAGAAAUGAUGAAAAUACCUAUUUAUUCAUUAUUGGGUGGUGGUGUGAUCAAUCUAAAAGAUGACUUAGGAUUUGAUUCUGGAAUGGAGACAAAGAUGCUUACUGAAACAAAAGUGAAAAGUAAAGCAAAAACCACAGCAUAUUUGACUGCAGCAAGUCAUGGAAUAGUUGAGAUUAUGUCAGAGCUUGAAUCAAAGACAAAAAGUGUGGUUAGUGAGACUAACUUUAAUAAUGAAAAUGUAUUGCUUUUGGCAGUAAAGAAUAGACAACCACAUGUAAUUCAGCGGUUGAAGAAUGACUUAGAUGACGGAGUCUUCCAAAACCUAUAUCUACGAGUUAAUAAAGAUAAGAAUACCAUGUUACACUUGGCAGCAUACACAUCUUAUGAGAGAGAAAAUACUUGGAGGAUAUCCGGCGCUGCCAUGCAAUUGACGUGGGACAUCAAGUGGUAUAAGUACAUAAAAGAACUAGUGCCAGAGCAUUUCAAUAAUAAAUUCAACAAUGAAGAAAAAACCCCUAGUGAUAUCUUUAAGGAGCAACACAAAGAACUUCUACAAGAUAGUGUUGAAUGGUUGAAAGACACGUCAGAAUCAUGCUCAGUCGUAGCUGCUCUCAUUGCUGGUGUCUCCUUUGCGACAUCAGGUAGCGUACCUGGUGGCAAUCAACAAACAGGAGUACCGGCAUUAAAAGGACAACCUGCAUUUGAAGUAUUCGCUAUAUCUUCAUUAAUUGGACUUUACUUCUCUGUCACUUCACUUGUCAUGUUCCUUUCUAUACUCACUUCUCGAAAAGAAGUCGAAGAGUUUCAUCAAAACAUGCCAAUGAAGCUUCUUUUUGGUUUGAGCUCCCUCUUCGUAUCCAUCGUUGCGAUGUUGGUUUCUUUUUGUGCUGGACAUUUCUUUGUGCUCGCAGAUAAAUAUACGAUGGGAGGUAUCUUGUUCUAUUUAUAUAUUUCCAUUUGUUUUCCUGUCGCAUUCUAUGCAGCUGCGCAGUUUCCGUUAUUCAUUGAUCUUGUUAAAGUUGUUUGGAAGAAGGUUCCACCACCAAGUAUUAGGGGUGUUCUUCUGUAGAGGUGUAUGUUUUGUUGUAUUUCUAUGUGAAUUGAAACUAAUGACUUUGGUUUGUAUUUGAAUAAUUUCAUUUUUUUUAAUUUCGAGUAUUGGUGUGAAUGUAGUGUAAUUUGACUCUUUUACAUAAUUAUAAGGUGUGAU